GAAAGAUGCCAGUGGCGGUGGUAGCGUGAGUCUUACCCGCCCAACCGCCGAAAGCCACUCAAACUCACGCGCCAACCGGAGACUUGUCACGCCGACCCACACCGCACUAGUAUAAACUAAACGACCUCGCCUCAGCUUCGUCCGGCAGACUUCACGUACAAGCACACACACGCACCCAGCGACUAGGCAACCAUGUCUUGCUUCGGCGCCACCUACUCGUCGUCGGGGAUGAGGGGCAGGAGGAGGCCGUGGCGGUGGUGGCGCACCAAGUGCGCCUGCAUCGCCGCCACCGUCGGCUCCAGGAUCCGCCGUUCCAUCAAGGCGCUCGACGGCCGCCGCCGGAGCGCGCCGCUGUCGUCGUCGUGGUCCGUGCACCGCGGGUGGUGCCACCACCGCCAGCACCGGGGCGUCGCGCCGGUCUACGUCGACGAGCUCUACAACCACCACCAGCCAGCCAAGGCCCUCAACCUCAACGUCGUCGUGCAGGAGGAGCCGACCACCAGCGGCAGCAAACUGGUCGCCGCCGGUGCCAGCGGCAAGCAGGCACGCACAGGGGCUGCUUCUGCAGCAGCUUCAGGUGUUGGUGCGAUGAGGAGCGUGCUGAUGAGGAGCCCGGGCAGAGGGGGAGGUGUGCUUGCGGUGGUGAAGGGGAUGGGGGAGGUGGACCUGAGAGCGGAGCUCUUCAUCAGGAGGUUCAAGGAGGACAUGCGGCUGCAGAGCCAGAGGUCGGCAGAGGAGUUCCAGGCCAUGCUGGCAAGAGGCCUGUGACAUUCACACAUGGAUCAUGCAUGGUUAAUUAGGCAGUGAAGAUUAAUUAUGUUAGCUUAGCUUGGGUUUGUGAUUUUUUUAAAAGAAGAAGAAGAAGAUUUAAGGUCUAGAUGAAUAGACGAUCAUGGUGUGUGAUAAGGUUUUUGUGCUCAUGGUGUUGUUGCGUUCAUUGGUUGGAUUGCAUCAAAGUACAUGUAUUGUUGGAUGUUCAUCACAACGAAAAUAGAAAAAUAGAAUAAAAUAUGUAUAUCUA